UAUCCAGUCGUAUUAUGGAUUGGUAUUCUACAUAUAAGAUUAUGUAACUUGUGUCAUGCGGUAUAUUUAUCUAUAUUAUCCGAUAUAUUAUUUCACAUUAUUCUUUGUUACUAUUCUGAUACAUUAUUUGUUAUUAUUUUACGUUGCAGAAAAUAUAAAAAAAUCUCCUUGCGAUUCCUUCGCAAGGUACUAUCACGAUAAUCGAUUUUCGUAUUCGAUAUCGAUCUAGGUAAUAGUUAUUUUAAAAACGAAGCUUCUGGUAUCUUCGAUUAAUCGUAGUAAAUCUGCUGUGAAAUUAUUUCACAAAUUUUCUCACAAACUUCCAACUUGUUUAUUUUCUCCUCGUGUAUUUGAAAAGAAAAAUUCAUUUCCAUUAUUAUUCAUUUUUAUAUUACUUCGUACUAGACAGUAAUAUCGUCAACUUUUACUCAACUAAAUGAUGUAUGAAGUUUUGCUUAGGAACUCAUUAAUUCUGUAACUUGCAAAUCUCUAACUUUGUCGCAAACUUCCAUUUACGAAUACAAGUACCACUCUUUCGUCUCUUAUCGUAAAAUACGUAAUUCAUUUGUAGUAUUACAGUAUAUUAAUAAUUUUACGUAAUCAAAUUAUACGGGAAGUCCGUUUAGGAAUUUUUCGCACUUUAUUGAGAAUAGAUAUUCCGUUUGCAGUGUCAGAAUCAUUGGCGCUUAGAGAUCAACAUCAUUUCGUACUUCGCAUUAAAAUGAAUGCUCAGCUUUGUCGACGAUAAGUCUGUACGUGUUCGCUAUUUCGAUCGGAAAGAAGUUGUCUAUUUAUCAGCCGAAAGGAAGGAAUGCUUUGAUGAUAGUUCAUCGAGACGGAGAAGAUUUUGACCGCGAGUAGCGCGUGCUCGAUUCGUGACUUCUACGAAGAAUCGUACGAUGUUAAGUCACAAAUACGACAACUAACCGAGAACGUGCUUGCCUGAUUAUAUAUCAGUAAUUUACAAAUCGUCUAUCUAACGAGGUCUAUCGUGAUAAUACUCUCAACCUAAACGUAAACUUACUGUUACGUUCGCUAGCUCCUCGACAACGCUCCUUCACUUUUCUUUCUUCUUUGUUUGUUUUGUCUUUUUUUCUUUUUGUUUUGCUUAAGCGAUAUUAGAAAUUAAAUUAGAAAUGAAAUUUCUCACCGUAAUCCGUAAGUUUUUAGAUUUGGGAAGAGGGAACAACAUUUUAUAAAUCCUAUUUCAUAUUGUACAAUUUUUUUUAUAUACGGUAUAAAAUGUUUUUACGCAAAAAUAUUGAUUAAUAAUUGAUUAAUAGCGCAAAAAGUAAACAGUAACUGCAAAAAACUACAGAUUAAAACGCGAUCGUCAAGUAUGUAUAACGUCAAUAACUUUAAUCAUACGUACGAAGUUAUAAGAUUUAAUUAUAUUUGACAAAAAUCUCAUAAUAAUGUUAAUGUACAAUACAAACAACUUGUUGCUGAUAACAUUAAUAAGGGAACGCUAUUUAUUAACAUUAUCAGUAGUUUCAUGGUGUGGGAAUGAUAGGGAAUGACGUGGAGGGGAUGAGAACCUUUGACCGUUUCGAAAUACACCUACAGUAUAUCCAAUUGUCUUGCAAAAUUUGUAAUUUAGAGACAGUAGGGACAGUUCUAUGAUAUCGAUAAAAUACAUAUCGCACCUGCGAAGAGCUGAUGGACAAUAAUUAUUCUGAAUAAGAACGUGAAAGAGGAAUAAUGGUUCAAUCGAGAGGAAAGUAAAAUCCUGCCGUCAUCCUGGCGCGUGGCAAACCAGGCCAAAGGCCUGGAUCCUCAUCCUCCUCGUCCUCGUCCACGGAGAGGCUGCAAAGGAUGCCAGGACCGGCCCAAGAGAGGCCUCGUGCUCAAAGGCUUACCGAUAUCGAGCCUCAAGCCGCAAAAGGAUUAGGAUGUAAUCGAACGGACGAUUUCAGUACACCAGUCAGUUCUGGCAGCAACAUGAGCAGUAUAGCACGGUUUCCAAAGUUGGACGAGUGUGCCCACUUUCAUUACGAACAUGUUGAACUCAGUUCCUUGGAGGUUUCGCUUAGCGAAGGUACCAAUGAUUCCGACAGCUACGCGGUCAGAGUAACAUCCGGGGACGCAUGCUGGACGCUGCAACGAUCUUAUGAUAAUUUUGUUAUGUUUGACAAGCAAUUGCAUCGCUGCAUAUUUGACAGGAAGUUCUCUUCCUUAACAAAGCUUCCAGAUACACGGCCAAAGAACACCUGUGAUAUACUGAGGGACUAUUUGAAUAGGUUCUCGCAGUUAAAUCACGAAGGCCUAAAUUGCGGUCCUGUGUUAAAUUGGUUGCAGCUAGAUAAUAGAGGAAGAAGAAUCCUCGUGCCAGAGUCAGAUUCAUGUCCCAUUAAUACUCCCGCAGUAGCCGCGGCUUAUGCAGUUAGACCUUAUGUGGCUCAGGCACCGGAUGAAAUCUCCUUUCAGGUUGGAGACAUGAUUUCUGUAAUAGAUAUGCCUCCUCCAGGGGAAAGUACUUGGUGGCGUGGGAAGCACGGAUUUGCAGUCGGUUUUUUCCCAGCCGAAUGUGUGGCUGUGAUCGGGGAUAAAGUACCACGGCAUCUGACCGUGUCAACGACAGUUAGAUCAAAGUUACCCGUGAAACCGGUGCUUAGAAAGCACGGAAAGCUAAUCGCCUUUUUCAGAUCGUUCAUAUUGAAUAGACCGUCUAGGAGACGAUUAAAGCAGUCAGGAAUCCUGAAGGAACGUGUAUUUGGUUGUGAUUUAGGGGAACAUCUGUUAAAUUCUGGUCAAGAUGUGCCUACCGUUUUAACGUGUUGCGCUGAAUUCAUCGAGAAUCAUGGCUUAGUGGACGGUAUAUAUCGUCUAAGUGGCGUGACAUCGAACAUUCAGAGAUUACGAAACGCGUUCGACGAGGAUCGUGUUCCUGCAUUGCAUUCCGAUGAAAGUAUUUUACAAGAUAUUCAUUCUGUAGCGUCGUUGUUGAAAAUGUACUUCAGAGAACUACCGAAUCCACUCUGUACAUACCAGCUUUAUUCUACUUUCGUUAGCGCGGUUCAAGCUAGCACCGACGCCGAAAGAUUAAGGCGGAUGAGGGAUACCGUUAGAAAAUUACCACCACCGCACUACAGAACCUUGGAGUAUCUGAUGCGUCAUUUAGUGAGAGUGGCAGCUCGAGGAGCGGAGACCGGUAUGACACCACGUAACGUUGCCAUUGUUUGGGCUCCAAACCUUCUAAGAUGCAAGGAAUUAGAGGUUGGAGGUGUAGCAGCGUUGCAGGGUGUCGGUGUGCAGGCUGUGGUCACAGAGUUUUUAGUCUGUUACGCCGAAUUAAUUUUCGGAGACGGUCCUGUUGGACGGCCGAAAUCGCUAGCUAUUACAACACCGGCGAGAUUGCUUAGUUUGGAAGAGGCUCGAAAUCGAAGCUUGAGAGGCGAGCCUGAUUACGUGGAAGUGGGCGCCGGUCCAGCCGGGUUACCAUUACAUUAUCAUACGGUCAUAGAAUUACCGCGAAAGAGAAACGGCUCGAAACGUUCACCCUCAUUGAACUGGAGAGCUUUAUUCGGGCGAGGUGGCUUGGGUGCCAGAGGAAAAACAAGACAAGUUGGCACGCCACCUCAAACAGAAACGGUGCCAAGUUCCUUAAACUCCUUACGACGGUUAAGACCGGUGAAAAGCGCAGACAGCUUGGACGGUGAGGACAGUUUAGGUCCUCUGCUUGGACCACCACCAGCUAGACCUUGCGGACAUAGUCGAUCGGUUUCGCAUGAUUCGUAUUUCGAUCAUUUAGCGGACGCACCGAAUACAUCGUCGCCGUUGGAUCUGUCGGAAAUUCAGCUUAACUUCGACUUGGAGGAACGAGAGAUGAGAAUGUUCUCGGAGGAGGAGAGCGGCGGGGUGGCGUCGGUAGAAGCGUCACCAAGACGUCAGAGGACGGAAGGAACACAAAAUACCGCUGCCACCGGUGGAUCCAAGAGAAAGAGAUCGCGAUUAGAGGAAAGACUGCAGUGCGACGUUGAGUUGCGCUUCAUUGAUAGCCAAAGUCCUGAUCAGGUGAUGGUUUCUGCAGAUGUUCACAGUAUGGAUACCCCAUCUCCUUUGCCAACACCAGGGUACCUUCCAUUAUUAUCCGAAGCUUCAACCCCACUCACACCCGCCACGCUACAUGGAACACCGCAUUCUACAUCACCUGUACCAGCUAACAGUCCUAGGAUAAGUUUUCGAAGUUUCACUUUACCUUUAGAGAUCGACGAAGAACAAAGCAACGCGAACAAAUUGAACAGAACUAGCGUGUCUUCCGAUAAAUCAUCCGACCCUAGUCAUAGGUUAUCCGUAAACUUAGAAGGACAGAGUAACGCUAAGUCCUGCGAGAGGAUAAUGACAUACGACAAACAUGUAGAUUUGUACGAUGAUAAAGAGUCUUCCAAGGCUCAAAAGACUUCGAAGGAAUCGAACCUAGUUGUAUCAGAUGUAGUCGACCAAGACAUGACACCUUGCGAUAGGUUAAUGUCUCAUCCUAGCGAGAUAGAAUCUAGUAAAGUAACCAUGUCUCCGUGUAAAGACGUAGAAAAUAGAUCGAGCUCCUGUUCCGUUGACGAUAAUAAAUCUCACAGUGACAACAGAGACACGUUGGACGUGAGAAAACACGAUGCAUCGACCAACAAAUCGAUCGGUUCGCAUCACGACGAUGCCAUGGCUGGAAAUUCAAACGCACACAGAAACGAAUUGCCAGGACUGCCACUAUCUAGCGCCACCGAUCUAGAUUCUCCGAUGUCAUGCGAACAGACUAUCGAGGACUUGCCCGAUUCCGGUUUUGUGAUUUGUGAUAACUCCGACAAGAUAUUCACCAACACAGAAACGUCACAGAUGAUAUCGAAUACCAAUGAUUCUGGCGAAUGGGUGAUAGUCGAGACUACGGGCUCGAUCACGACACCGACGAGCGAGUCGAGCAGUUCGAAGGAUCCUUUGGAAGGUACCGUGAAUAACGCGAUCGCGACUGAUGCACCGCAACUGAGAUCCAUGUCGGAGAACGUUUCCAGAACCUCCUUGGAUCUCACUAUGGGCUCAACAGUAGACACAGAUACAUCGUGCAUCGGUGUCAGUGAUUUAACCGAAAGUCCCGUUCUUCCUCAAGAAUCUGCCGAGAUGACAUUUGACGUUGCCGACAGCAGAGACCUCGAGGAACACGACGCCACCGCGCAGAGAACUUCUAGAGCUUUCGAGGACCAAACGAGUUUCGGGAUGGUCAACUCUGGCAAUAAUUAUUCAAACAUCGUUCACUCGCCCAUACACGAUCAGGAUAAUGGAAAUCAGAAAAUUCGCACCGUUAGUAUGACGGACAUUCGUAUGAACCAGAAAUCUAGCGAAAUGGAGCACGAGGUUACCGCCUGCUAUUCGAAACUAGACAACACCGAAGCCUUCAACAGGAACGAGAAUCCAGCGAAGGAAGAAGCUGUGGUAGAAGAGAAGACCUUCGAAAGCUCUCAACGCUCUUCGAAAAGCCACUCAGACUUUCAGCAGAAAGAAAUUCGACGUUCUUUGCAGCUACAUCAGAAGCCACAAUUCCAAGCAAACGAUCGCCGUUCGUUCUCUAAUCAAUCAAAGAAGAGCCAGGAUCUGGAUUUGUCUUUGGCCAAUACGGAUAAUAAGCAACGCAGUCAGAGUCAAAAGUCAGAAAAGUGCCAAAGCUUCGAAUACGUUUCACCAAAGGAAUCAGCUCAGAACAGUCAGCAACACAAGCAGUUCCCUACACGUACUGAGGACCCUUCUAAAUGUAACAACGUGAAGAACAGUCAACUGCAAGAGCACAUAGAAGUAGUAAUACCAUCGGAAAAUGCUGCCGAGCCCAGUGAGAUAGCUCAUCCCCCGGAAGGUGCAUCCGAGCCAACGUCUUUAAACUCAUCUUGUACUUUCUCGAAUGCAUCUUCUCCAGUGGAUGAUUCUAUCGUUCUUCGAGAUACGGCCGCUAUACUUCAAGAGUUAGCGUUGCAAAGAUUAUCUGGAGGCAUUGUGGGUGACUUGUCUGUUCCUCCGCGAAGAAGAUACGAAACAGAGAAUAAUAAAGAUCGAAGAAGCUUCGAUUCUGAGAUCGGUAGGGAGAUAGUUCGUGAAAGAAAGAUGAGGCAGGAACUGGAUUCUGCACGGGGAAAAUCGGAAGAGCCACCGGUGAAUAAUACUCAACAUCUGCCGCCAUGUUUGAGAGCUCGUCACGCAAGAGCGACACGAGCAUCUCUUAGUAGAUCGCUAGACGAGGCAAAGUUUAACAAAAUGUCGGAGGAAGCUUCUCUACCUGUGAAACAGGCUACGGAGGACGCACAGCACAGUUCCACACCUAACGUUGGAACAGGAUCGUCGAACAGUUCCUCGGCUAAUUCCGAUAAAACGCAUCUAAAGAACCUAGGUGGUUUAGACUUGGGCGAUCCCCAGUGCAGAGAAAGGAUAGAAAAGUACAAAGAAGAGAGGAGAACGUUCUUAAGGGACAAGUACAGAUCGGAGAGCUUUCGAGGGAUGUUAUCGAAGACAGAAGACGAUGGGGAGCAGGCGCUUUUGGCUAGACUAAAACAGAGAGCCACUAGGCCCUCCCUUCAUUGAUAUUAAAGUAAUAUUUAUGGAAACGUUUUGUCAACUUUCCCCCCGCGUUGAAUAAUUGAAUUAAUUGCAUCUGCAAUCGCGUCAUGCGAUCAAAUAUGAUGUAUUCUAGUGAACUGUUCGUUGUAACGAUCAUUGCGUCUAACCCUUUGCUCUCAACGUUUGUUCGAACUUUUUUUAUGUACGUUUUGUCCUUUUUAUUUGUUUUUUUUAGAUUCCUGUGUUAAAUAUAGAUACUAUAGAACAAGAGUAUGAUAAGCUAAAUUUUUUUAUUUUUUUUUUUACAGAGAAACAGGUUUUAAGAACUAAUAUGUUGUUAAUCAAUCUCACGUUGUCGGAAUUGUGUUUUUAUUUGUUUUGAAGAUUUUUCGGUCAAUAGUUUUUAAAAUUAAAAAAAGAUAAUACUGGUUAUAAUAUUGAGAUAUUAUACGAAUAUCGAAGAUAUUGAAAUAUCGCUUGUCUUAAGAAUUGCGCCUCUUAGAAGCCAUCUGAUCAACUCUAUCUUUUAAACAACAGCAACUUUUAAACACCAAGAUAAAUUUAAGAAAUGGCUUCUGCAGUACCAUUGUUUUCUGUUCUUUUUUCAUUUAUGGAGUUAAUCAAUAUAACUUCUGAACGACUCCAUCAUACUUAUGCUGAACGAUUCAGCAGUUAUUAAAAGACUCAUCUUUGGACCUAAACAGGCUUUCCAUUUUUAAUUGUCUCGUUGUAAAAUCCUCCUAUUUAAGCAUGAAGUAAUACCAAAACUAGCAAAGAUGAGAGAUGUGCUUAUCAUUGCUUUCUCCUGAUUUCCAUACGAGAACACGUAUUUAAUUUUAGUUUGAGUAAUUGUUCUAUACGAGAGAAAGCGAAUCUCAGUAUUUUACGAUAUGUUCAUCGUAGGUGGUAGGAAAUCGACUAAAUUGUAAUUUUAAAUCGAAAAAUCGAUGGUCCAAUUUUAAUGAACGUAUGUACGAUCAAGUUUUCAAUGCUAAAUGCGUGUAGCAACACGCAGCGAAGAUUAUUGGACGUUCUGCCAUGUUUUCUUUUCCUUUUUUAAAGUAUUAUCAUAUGCGUUUAAUUAGUAAUAUAGAAUUUUGUUUAAGAGGCGCUGUAUUUAUGUUCUUCUGCGUCCUAGAUUAGUCGAGCGUGAAGGGUUAAAGGCGUGGAAUUUAACAAAGUCGAUUAAAUACGAGUGAUAGAACGAAAAAAAGAAGACGGUCUGACGAUUGACGCUUUUAAGAAAUGAAAUCAACGGGGAACGUUCGUCUCAUUUCUUUUUUUUUUUUUUUUUUUAAAUCGCUGUUAUUAACAGAACAGUUCGAUGAUAUACGAGUGUAAUUUGUAUCUUUUAAUUUAUUAUUAUAAUCGAUAUUACAUAUACAUAUAUAUUAUUAGAAUUAUUUCUGUUAUUGUUAACGCGUCGUGUAAGAAAUCAUUUCUCCCAUUAUUGUUAUCGCUCCCAAAGAUGUCAUUUAUUAAAGCUUUUCGCGCUGUUCUGUUAAUCGACCCUUUUAAUUUAAAACGAUAUGUACCAGAGUGUGUUGGGUUCGUGGACCGAUUUGUUGUCGACCCUUUGCACGCGAAACUGCAUUUUUUACGCGGGUUAAGCAAAAAUGUAACUAUAUAAGCUUGUUUGACAAAUUUUACGCAAAGUUAAGUUUCCACGUACGAAUUUAUAUGUAUAAAUAUUCUCUUUGUGAUGGUUAAGCUAAAAGAAAAAGAGUUUUCGAAUGACUGAGCGUCCGUAGCGCAUAGUGCUUUAACGAGAUACUGUUCUCUCGUAUUUUAAUGUCAUACCGUUCGUUCGAGAGUAACAGUAACAAGUGGAAAAAUUAAAAACCAAAAAAAAAAAAAAAAAGGAAGAAAGAACAAAAGUAAGAAAGAAAGAAAGAGACGUGAAACGACCAAAUUGACAAAUUCUAUUAUAGAAAAUAGCGGAAAUAUUCGUUCUCAUCUAGAUUCGAAGUACGGGUGCAAAGGGAUUAAUGCUUUUCAGUGGAAUCACGUGUCUUCGUAUCGAUCGAUGUAAUCGAGUUACAAGAUAUGUUAAUCAAUACGCUUCCCUUUUUCUAUAAAUUUCGUUGUUGCUCGCUGAUCCGUGUAUUUUUAUACGAGAUGCGAAGCGUGUCGUGCUUUAAUCACAGCGAGAUGAAAGCUUGUUCGUUCGAUAAUUGUUCUAGAUGUGUGCGUUAAUCGCCCGUGCAAUCUGUAGCUUCUUACUUUUUUCUCUUUGUUUUUGAAUUGGAAUUAUUCUGUUUGAAUUUUUCUUUGGUAGGACAUUGUUAAUUCUUUUAUUUUAUUGUCAUUUUAAAUUAUUCUUUUUUUUUCUUUUUUUAAGUUUUACACGUUCGUCUCCACGCCAUUCGCUUGUCAGGUGUCACAGAAAGACAGCACGUAGUUAGAGAUCUUCAAAUAUGUUAGACUUCAUUAGCGAUAUAUCGAUGUCGAAAGAAAUUAGAAUACUCGUUGAUAUUCGUGUUUAAUUUUACGUUAAAAACUCUGGUACAUUUGAUGAAUUUGUUGUUUGUACUUUACCGGAGAAGAACAAUUUUCCUUUUAUAUACAUAUAUAUACAUACAAACAAUUAAAGAACCAUCGUAUUAAAUUAAGUAUUCGAUAUACGCGUUCAUAUAUUUUCUCUCUUUUUUGUCGUGGACUGGUCCAUGGCUUCUAUAUAGCACCUCCUUUGUAUAUGCUUUAUUAUUAUUAUUAAUAUUAUUAAUAUUAUUAUUAUUA